AUGUCAAGUGAUACUGGCUCAGAACCAGAGCCUUUAGAACCUCCCCGUACACUAAGUACCAACGACUUAACCUACGGCGUAGAGCUAGAAUUCGUAUUUGCAUUCCACGAAGACCUAAUUGCGUUUCCCAGCAACGCAGAGUAUAAAAUUGUCAAGAACCUGCCAUAUGGCACACGAGCACUCUCAAGAUUCAGCAGAGUCAACCCAAUAUUCUCGCCUAACAAGAUUUACAACAGCUGGGGAGUCGAGUCUAAUGUUCUAGAUCCUUUUACAAAAGAGAGGCUCAGCCCUUGGAGGAAAGAGCCGUUACAGAUUGUAGCAAAUAUUCUGAAGCAGAAUAUUCCAGCAUUUGCAAACGCGAGUGCGUCGAGAGAUCUGAAUAUCUUGGAUACAUUGGAUACGGAUAAUAAGAAGAAACUGAACUGGGAUAAUAAGAAGCAGUGGAAGAUUACUAAAGAUCAUUCGGUAUGCGGUGUGGGAUCGGAGAAUAUAAAGAAAUGGCUUCCAGAGAAAACAGUGCAGCAUGCGAAAUGGGAUUCGCUUGGAGUUGAGUUAGUAUCACCCAUACUCAACUCUAACACUGCCCACGACAAAAUCCGCAUCUCAGAAAUCGUCAACGCCCUCACCCGCAAAGAAGCCACUCAAACCGGCGCCUUCAUCACCAACCAAUGCGGCCUCCACAUCCACGUCCAAGGACCCUCAGCCGCCGAAUUCCAACAUGACCUCAACAUGAACGAAGACGACGCCGAGUGGCACAAAGCCAAAGUCUGGCGAUACCUCGCCCUGAUCCUCCUCGUAUACGAGGAAGAAAUUGCUCGACUGCACCCACCAUGUCGACGACCCGGUCAUCCAAACACAGAGUACCAGUUCUCCAGCAACAGGCUAGGGUUCAUGAAAGAGGAUCUCGGGAAUAUUUUCCCCAAUAGACUCGUUGGGCCUGCAGUCAAGACCACGAUAGAUGAUUGUAUAGGGGUGGACUGCUCCACGACAGCUAUGCGCAAGAAAGCGUCUAUUCCUCAAAUCCGCGAGGGUCUGAGUAAGUACUCAGACAUGGACGUCGUGGCGCUGCUCAACUGGCCGCAAACUCCUAGGACAGGCGGGAGAGAGAAGAUAAACAGACACCUCGGCGACAAAGACCGCCAGGUCAACCUCACCUAUCUAAUGCGCACGCCGGACCUCCCUCAAACCGUCGAAUUUAGACAAGCGAAAGGGUCGCUUAAUGCUGAGGAUAUAAACCACUGGGUGGACUUUUGCAUCGGGAUUGUACGCCUCGCGUAUCUGUAUGCUGCUGAUCCUGAGAAGUUUCGUGUUAAGAACUGGGAGGAUAUAAAGUUGCCUGGUGGGGGAUGGGAGAGAAAUCAGAUAGAUGUUUUUGAUCUUAUGAGGGAUAUGAAGUUGAGUGAUGAAGUAAUUACGUAUUGGGAGGAAAGGGUGGCGAGGUGGAUGGCAUAUACGAAGGGGGACGAGAAUGAUAGAUUAGAUGAUGAGGUUCGGCCGCAAGGUUUUGUGAACCUGGAAGUGGGGGGUUUUGAGUAGCAUGUCGGAGUGUGGUUGUAUUGGAUAGAAAUUUGUUUUGUUGUUUAGGAGUCUGUCUUUGAGGAUCUUGGUUCGCUUUCUGGUUCAGUUUGGAGAGAUACUGGCGUGGAGUAUGUACAAUCGUUCUGGAUACAUUUAUCAUACCUUGGAUGGCACUGCAGAUAGCAAAGCCUAGUAUAGAUAUCCAGGUCAAGAAAAGCGACUUCGAGUAUGCUAGGUUACAGGUUCAAGGAGCGGAG